AGAACAAACAAACAAAUGACAUUGAUUCUUCGCGCCCUCCCACAAUAAUGGCUCAGCUCUCAGGCGUGGCAAUACCAGGGCUGGGGCAAGCUGCGCCCACAGCUGCAUCCUCAGCGCCAGCUGUAGCAGCAUCCGUUGCGGUCCACGAGCUGCAAGCCAAUUCAGAAUGGCGAUUCGAGGUUGCGAUUGGUCGAAGCAUUGAGGUCAAGGUCUUAUCAGGCACCGCCGAACUCUUUGGAACAGAACUUGCGCUGAAUCAUACCUAUACGUUCCGUGGCACCAAGGCAGCGAUAUUUACCUGGCAUGGAUGCCGUAUCGAAGUUACCGGGGCGUGCGAAGAAUACACAGCGGAAGAGACGCCGAUGGUCUUAUAUGUGAAUACACAUUUUGCAUUAGAGAAGCUACGAGACGACGCAAGCAAAGGCAAGGGAGAAAGCCCGCGGGUCUUGGUGGUAGGGCCAACCAAUGCCGGAAAGACGAGCCUUGUAAAGCUGUUGACGGCCUAUGCGAUACGAAUGGGACGGCAACCUAUGGUGAUAAACACAGACUCGAGGGAGGGCCUGCUCUCGAUCCCAGGGAGCUUGACGGCAACACCUUUUGCCUCGAUCAUCGAUGUGGAGCAAGGAUGGGGAAGCAGCCCAACGAGUGGCCCCAGUCCUGUACCAGUGAAGCUCCCACUGUGUUAUUACUAUGGGUUACCUAGCCCAGAAGACAACACGAGACUGUUCAAACCCGUCUUGACCAGGAUGGCAUUGGCAGCAACGAGCAGACUCUCUGAUGAUCAGGCUAUCAAAGACUCCGGGAUGAUCAUUGACACUCCAGGAGUCGUCAGUCAAGGAAAGGGAGGUUAUGAUCUAAUAUCACAUAUUGUAUCCGAGUUCUCAGUCAAUAUUAUCUUGGUAUUAGGUUCAGAAAGACUACACAGCGAUAUGCUUCGCCGCUUCUCGGGCUAUAGAACAACAACAGGAGAGACCAUAACUCUAGUGAAGCUCGACAAGUCGGGCGGCUGUGUAGACAGGGAUGACGAGUUCAUGCGGCAAACGCGAGAAGCUGCUAUAAGGGAAUAUUUCUUUGGUGAUCCCAAAAGAACGCUCAGCCCUCAUACCCAGCAAGUUAACUUUGAUGAUGCCACAAUAUACAAGAUCCGAGAGGCAAAUCCAAUGCUGGCGUCGUUUCUUCCGGGUGGCGAGGAGGAUACAGAACUAGAACUAUAUGAGAAAGUUGAGCCCUCGUCCAUGAUUCUUAAUUGUAUACUAGCCGUGAUGUACGCCGCUCUUAAUGACUCACAAGAGACAAUCCGAGAUGCAACGGUUAUGGGAUUUGUGUAUGUUGCAGAAGUUGAUGAGAAGAAAAGGCGCAUGAAGAUUUUGGCCCCUUUGAAUACGAGGAUCACAGAUAGACCGAUGAUCUGGGGUAGUUGGCCAGAAGCCACAAUGAGUUUAAUAGGCUAGCAAUCAAAUCCAUGGGAUAACAAACAGCAGAGUACAAUUUCAUUGCGUAGAGUUUGUUUAUGCAAUCAGAAUGAGGAACAUAAUGCAAAACGCCAGGCCAUUGUCCAGUCAAUCGUAUCACGCACGCCAAUAAUCCAGUAAUCCACUCAGGCUAUUCGACACGCCAAAUUCUUCCACGC